AUGGCGGCCUCUCUUAAGCUGCACAAACGGCUGGCCGCAAGCCUUCUCAACUGCGGCAAAGGCAAAAUCUGGCUCGAUCCCAAAGAACUUAACCACAUCUCCUUCGCCAACUCUCGCCAAAAUAUCAGAAAACUUGUUCAUGAAGGUUUCAUUAUCAAGAAACCAGAGAAGAUUCACUCAAGAUCUCGGUCCAGACGCUUCGCAGAGGCCAAGCGCAAGGGAAGACAUUCUGGAUAUGGUAAGAGAAAGGGUACCAUGGAAGCCAGACUCCCCACCAAGGUCUUGUGGAUGAGGAAGAUGAGAGUACUCAGGCGUUUGUUGAAGAAAUACAGAGAGAAUAAUAAAAUUGAUAAGCAUGUUUAUCAUGAUAUGAAACAAAUUCCGACGGCCUUUUACCGGCGGUUUAUUUUUGCGGCGGUUUUCCGGCGGCCAAUACCGCCGGUGACCACCGGAAUUUUAACCGUCGGUUUGCCGGCGGUUAGGCCGCCGGUAUUUAAACCGCCGGUAAGCCGCCGGUCACAUUACCGACGGUUUUCCGGCGGUUAA